ACGGUUGGCGAAGGUGGUGGUGGUGGUAUAGAGGGGUAGGCUGGGGCGGCAGAGGAGGGGAGGGGGCAUUUACGGGACCCAGGGUGUGCUUCUUUCACUUUAUUGUCACGUAUUUUCCCGGUGUCCGUGAACGAGCUCUCACAUAGCGUUCAGGGAGUCCAACGUUCAAAGCGCAGCCGUAAACGGAGCACGGUCGCGGGCAAGGCAGCUGCCGCUGACUCCAGCUUGACUUUUUAACUCAGCCGCUGUAUCGAGGGGGGCGAAAAACGGGAGAACCGUCCAAUUGUGGACACAACAUACGUGUAAAAUAACCUUUGUGGCACCUAACGGCUCUUAAACGUGUGUCGUCUUCAUGCAGAGGGCCUAGGCUCAGGACGCUGCUGCUGCUGCUGCUUCAGUGAAGCUAUGAUUGGAUGAAGAAAGAACCAUUGACUACCAGUAUGGACCUGCUCCAUCCUGGAGUUUUCCACCAUCCUUAGCUCUCAGAUCUGAGUCCACUUAACUCUGAACAGUGACCACAGCCAGUGUAUGACAGACCUGUCAGGUGAUCUGUCUGGUGCAAUGAUGAUGUCAGUAGACGUGACCAAUCGUAAUGGCCCCGCCGCCACGCCCCCCACCUCACUCAGCCUUCGCUCUUCACACAACCAGCUCCUCACCAGCGAUGUCAUCAAACAAGGCUCCGCCACUCCUCCCAAAUGUCGGAAGAAGUAUGCGCUUACCAGCAUCCAGGCCGCCAUGGGCCUCGGUGAAGUGGUGCCACCUUCAUCAGCAUCAUCAUCUCCAUCGUCAUCCCCGUCACAGUCCUUAACUCCCAACAAUCCCAAACUAGCAAAGAACGGGGCGAACCAGCUUCGUAAAGCUGGCCAGGACCACAACAAAAACACAACUGACCCUGAUUCGAUGGAUUUAGAAAUAAUAGCAGAUGACCUAAAUGUCAACGUGGCAGAGGAGCAAGACAGUCACACUCUUACCAAUAAUGAUCGAGAGGAAGAUGCCGACCUUAACUCAGAUACUCACAGUGAUGCAGAGGCUGAGCAGACGACAGAGCCUGACUUGGACUGUAACAUAAACACGACUGUGGAGCUCAAACUGAGCAGCAGCACGGCUGAUUUGGACUUUGACUCAGAGGACACCAAUGACAUCAGCAUCUUGUCUGAGAAGGAAAUGAUGUUAAAGAUGAAGAUCGAGGAAGAUGAGAUGGUGGGGGAAGAGGAAGAUGAGGAGACGAAGCCUUUACUGACAGUCGACAGUGAGCCCCCUGUGAAGAACCACAAAGUUUCUCCAGGCCUGGAGCUCAUUUCUGACCUCCACUCCAACCUCAAGCUCCUCAAAUCUGGCAAGAACUCUCCGGUACCCCCUCCUCCUUCCCCACCCAAGCAACCCAGUCCAGAAGACACUCCCCUGCUCUCCAUGGCCUCCUGCCCCUCCUCUUCCUCCUCAUCCUCCUCUCCAGAGACGAAGAAGGACAGAAGAACUGGCGCAAAGACAGACUGUGCAUUGAACCGCAUCCAGAAUCUGAACCCCAGUGACGAAGAGUUGAGCUGGACUACCUUGUCCCAGGAGAGCAACUCGCCAGAGGAGACAGAUAUUUGGAGUGAGCAGUCAUUCCAGACAGACCCUGACCUGCCUCCAGGAUGGAAGAAGAUUACAGACAUGGCUGGUAUCUACUACUGGCACAUUCCUACAGGUACCACUCAGUGGGAGCGGCCCGCCACUCAUCCACAACCCCCUGGACAGAUGGAGUCCACGGCCCUGGGUGACCACUCAGCCUCAACACCACGUAAACCUUCCCUGGGCUCACUCAGCCCCUCACCCACUCCAGACCACGAGUCAUGCCAGGCCGAGAUCUUCUUCAGGGGGUCGACUCGCUCGGGCAGCACCACCUCUGACAGCUCAGUGGAGCCUCUGUCCACUCACGAGCCCACACUCCCCACAUGUGGAUUUGUGAACAGCUGUUACUUUCCCCGCUCCACGUCUCUGCAGGGUGUGGAUCAAGACUGUCGCUCUCUGCGUCACGAAGAUGAGGACAAGAAACAGGUGUGGAGUGAAUUUGGCGGAAAAAUUGAUAGUGAAAUGUGGAAGGACCUGCAGGCAGCCACAGUGAACCCCGACCCCAGUCUGAAAGAGUUUGAGGGUGCUACGCUUCGCUACGCGUCACUCAAGCUAAGGAGCCGUCCAGCAGCAGAAGAAGAAGAAUCCAGCAGUAUUAACAGUGACCCCGAAGCAAAGUGUUUCGCCGUGCGCUCUCUGGGUUGGGUGGAGAUGGCCGAGGAGGACUUGGCUCCUGGAAAGAGCAGCGUCGCUGUUAACAACUGCAUCCGUCAGCUGUCCUACUGCAAGAACGACAUCCGGGACACCGUUGGCAUCUGGGGAGAGGGGAAGGACAUGUACCUCAUGCUGGAGAAUAAUAUGUUGAACCUAGUCGACCCCAUGGACCGCAGCGUGCUUCAUUCUCAGCCAAUCGCAAGUAUCCGAGUUUGGGGCGUUGGCCGGGACAAUGGCAGGGACUUUGCAUAUGUGGCGAGGGAUAAAAACACCAGGAUCCUGAAAUGUCAUGUGUUCCGCUGUGACACACCAGCCAAAGCCAUCGCCACCAGCCUGCACGAGAUCUGCUCCCGGAUAAUGACAGAGAGAAAGAAUGCCAAAGCGAUGGCAGGAGGCUCCCUCCAGGACAGGAUGCAGGCAGGACUUGAUCUCCCUUUACAAGCAGAGUUCCCCACACCAAAGACAGAGCUGGUUCAGAAGUUUCAGGUGCUCUAUCUUGGGAUGAUGCCUGUGGCCAGACCGAUAGGCAUGGAUAUACUGAAUGGAGCUAUAGACAGUCUGAUUGGUUCUUCCAGCAGAGACGACUGGACUCCGGUGGCCCUCAAUGUAGCCGACGCUACGGUCACCAUCAGCAAAGACAAGGAUGAAGAGGAAGUGCUGGUAGAGUGUCGUGUUCGCUUCCUGUCUUUCAUGGGCGUUGGGCGUGACGUGCACACGUUUGCCUUCAUCAUGGACGCUGGCGGCCAUCGUUUCGACUGUCACGUCUUCUGGUGUGAGCCCAAUGCUGGGAGCGUGUCCGAGGCCGUACAGGCAGCUUGUAUGCUGCGGUAUCAGAAGUGUUUGGUGGCUCGACCGCCCUCCCAGAAGGCCUGCGGUUCGUUGCCUCCCGGCGACUCGGUGUCCCGCCGGGUGUCGACCAGCGUGAAGCGAGGCGUCCUGUCUCUCAUCGACACCCUCAAACAGAAGAGACCCGUCACAGAGUUGCCACAGUAACCAUGGUGAAACACUACCGGCUUUCGACCACAGCCCCAAGUCACCAUGGUAACUCGACGCAUCGCUGCCAAAACCCGUCACCACCGCAGACCCCAGUAGCCAUGGAAACGCAGUAAAACCCUUGGGUUUUUUGGGGGUGGGGGGUUUAACCUGUCAUAACUCCUUCACUGGUUUGGAAGCAAAUUGGAAUUUCACCUCAAGAGUUAAUUGGCUCUUGAGCCGCAAUUCAAGUCUGUUUCCUCCAAAUAAGUGAAAAUUAAAAAGGCACCAACCCCACAUCUGAAGAGGACCACCUGAGUGCCGGCCAUGCAGGCGAUGGUGUACAUAGAAGUACGUCUCAUUCCCCUCAGCUCACAGCAGCAGAGGAGAAGAGGGCAGGAACUGAAGAAGUAGGAAGUGAUCCUGUGUGCUGCUGCUGCCGCCAAACCGCUGAUCUCUCCAUGCUCUUUGUGCAUUUGUGUCUGUGCCUGUGCUGACAGCAUGACCUUUCACACCUGGCCACACUCCCCCUCCACCCUCAUCCACCUGGUUGUCUCCCCCAGCUCUCUUGCUCAUCAUCUUCAGUAGACUGUAACCGUGAGAAGAUGAAAAGUUUCAUAUCAUUGGAUGAUCAUUGGAAGAUAAAGAGAUUUGUUUCAGUCUACACCCUCCAACCACUUGACCCUGCAUGAACUUUUAAUCUAAAUGUGAAUCAUUCUAUACAAUAUCAAUACACUGCUGCUGCUUUCAGAGACUCGAGGGUGAGAAAUCAGAAGUCGCACGGUUCGUUUAUCCUGUCUUAUUCGUUCUUUCUCAUCAGCUGUGCGAGAGUCAGCCCUGGAGCGUCUGAACAAGUGGUGACCUUUCACCCGAAACAUCCUUCGCGCAUUUCCUUGUUUACGUUGUUAUUCUUUUCUCAUCCCUCUAGGAAAUGACAGAAGAUAGCCAUAACGGAGGACGAGAUGGGGGCGGGUGGCGCCGACCCUCUCUCCUCUGCUUCCCUGCAUAGUACAGUGCUGCUCCAAACACAGGAGACCUUCAGCAUGCUGCUGCUCUUUGAUACACAUGUUGGAGGAAGUUUGACGGAUUAUUCCUUUAAAUCCCACCUCAGUAUCAGUCAUCAGACAUUUAAACUAAUAAAGAUCAUAGGUGGCAUUAAAAAAAAACAAGCCUGGAGGAAGACAAGAAGACUUAAGGAAUGUGUUUUUAUACCUGGGUGUGGUUGUGAUGAUUCUUAGUCCACAGCUGAUAUGUGAACUGUGAUUUGAGAAAGAGAGAGGACAAUUUUCUCUUGAGCUGUGGAUGUUUUCUAGAGGAAAGCCAGCAGAGAGACGCGUUGACUUAGACUGACGGACUUUAAUGGACUCUAUAUCGGUCUGUCUCCAGGAUUGUGUUCAGCUGAACGCGCCUUGUGUUUCCUUACUCACUGUACGUCUGAUUUCAUCAGUGUAAUGAAACCGCUCGCUCUGUGUCUGUGUUGUGCAGAGUUCCUGUUUCACCUGCUAGCUCCUUAUUAUCACAUAUCUGACAAGCUUGGAUGUAUGGUAAUAACUAAUGAAGUCCUUUAUGUCACCUAAAAAUCACAUAAAAUCCUCACAACAACACAUCUCCCUCCUGGGUGUGGGGCAGCAGAUUCAUACUCUGUUAGGUGACCCUUUGCUAAACCCCCUGAUUACAGCCUGUCAAGCUCUGGGUUUACUCUCGGCUUGGGUUUCCUUUCCAGACGAUGCUGCUACAUCAGAGCUCUGUCCUCUCUUUAUAGGCUCCUUUAAGCCCAAAUGGAAACACUAAAGCAUAAAUGUAAUCUGUGUUUGUAUUUCAACCUGCUGCAGUAUGGUGGUACAUUUUUCACUGUGUGUACCUGAUUGGUUAUCCUGGGACUAACAAGGUCAGUGCAGAAUGGAUCAUGGCUCACUUUCUGCUGAGGACACAGACUUUUAUGCCAGAAGCAUUAGCCUGGCCUCUGACAUUUAGCAUGAUAUUGCUAGCAGCUGGUUCAAAAUGACUGCCUAAUGUUAAAACAACAGCUGGAUUAAAAAAUAUGGCCCAACUCUUCAUAAAACGUACAAAGUCUGUUCAUAACGUUCAUCAUUUUUAGGGUCCAAAAUUGAACGUUUGCUGGUUAGCAGGAGAUGCUAGUCUGCACGUAAUACGGUUUCAAGAGUUACUGCAGAUAUGUGACGCAGCAUGUGAAAGUCUAAAGUCCAAAAUUCAUUAUUAUUUUUGCUUUAACUAAAAUUUCAAAACUUCCAGAUUAAUACUGCACAAUUCCAUGAUUUCUUUUUUGUUUUUAACUUUGAAGAUGUCAAACUGCAGCCGUCCCUUGAAUUGUUGUGGUUCAGUAACUAUGCACAAGUUCCCAGGAGAUGCCUUCAUAUCAGGAAUGACAUCCCAUAGUUGGAAAAGAUAAAAACAAACAAAUAUUCCAAAUCAAACACAUGAAGCUACCUGCUGUGAAUAGGGGAGCAGUAACAGAAGUUUACCUUAUGGAGACCCAAUGCAGAAGUCACCAAACUUCUCUGGUUGACCGUCCAGAUCAGUCCUCCGGGUGGGUGUGCCGGUGCCGAGUGGAGGGUUUCCCCUCGUAGCUGCGAGGCGUGGACACCUAAGUUUGUGAGUGCGAUAACUCGAGAACAAGUUGACGUAGGAUUUGAUACCGUAGCUGCAUCUACUAAGUCUCGGACAAGUCUGAAUAUCAGUGACCUUGACUUCAAGGUCAGAGGUCAAGUUUUCAGAAAAUCUUGUAAAUGCGAGAACAAGGCAACAUAGGAGUUUCAAACUAGGUACAUCUACUAGGAGGCUGAGUUGAAGUCAGUGGUAUUUUCCUUGAUUUGUGAGAUUCCCAGUUUUUGCCUUUUGUUGUUUUUGUUUGUGCUGCGUCACAUUUCUGUGAUAAAUAAGUGGCUGCUGCCCAAAAAGACCUAAAAAACAAAACAAAGAAAUGCUUGACAGGGGCUGAGGCAGUAAUUUGAGGGGGGCGGGGCUUAGCUAACGGUCAGCAUGUUGUCUUGCACUUCGUCUGCUGGCUCCACGGGGGAACGCAAAGAAACUAUUUUAGUAAUGGAGAGGAUUUCUUCUUUUGUCACAAGGAUGCUGAAAUGUGAACGAGAUGACAAAAACUUUGUGUACAUAAUACCCAUUUCAUGUAACAUUUGGCAUUAAUCAUCAUUAUAAGCUAUGUUUCUUUUUUUUUUUUUUUUUUUUUAUGUAUUUGUUUGCCUGUUAUUUUCCUCUAAUGAAAUGCCUUUUUUAUUUUUUUUUUUUCUAUUUUUUGAAAAUUCACCAAAUGGCCAAAGUGUAAAAUACUGAUAUACAUUGUAGAUAACGAAGAAUACGAGAGCAAAUAAUGAACACGGAGGCGAUCGGAAACGCUCACAGUUGUCAGUUAAGUUGAUGCUGAAUUUAACUUAGCAAUUAUCUAUGCAUUCUUUUGAUCUGGAGAAAUGGAAAGUCAUGAAAAGCCUUGCAUGCUCUGGGAUGGUCUGAGAGAGAGAGAGAGACUGUAUGUAUUGAACAGAAAUAUUUUUUAUUUUAUUUAUUCUAUUUUAUAAAAGGUAUAUACUGAUUUUUAUUAGUUGGGGCAAGUAAAGUCUCAUGACUGUCAUCGUCUCAGUCCCCGGUUAAGUCACAACGCUACAACAAGCUCCGCUUUGCAGAACACAGCAGGUUAUGGAUUAUAUCUUCACCUUGUACAGUGUACCGAGAGCUGGGAGUCCACUGCUCCAUCUGAACCGCUGACCGGAGGGUGAGGAGGAAGAUUGUAGCAGCAGUGGACUCCUUGCAUCUCUUGUCAGUCUUGCACAUAAACAACGCGCGCACACACACACACAUAUACACUAUCCAUUUCCCACUGAUGGAUGUGUCUGCUUCCGUUUGCUGCUCACUGAUUUGUACACUUUAUCAAUGUAACCAAUUGUGAGAAUAAACAGCAUUAUAAAACCUG